AUGGCGGAGAGGCAUCGACUACUUGAAUUCGAAAAUGCUAAAGACAAAGAGAAGUUGAAGGUGGUCAAGCAGAAGGCCGAGGCUCGAGCCCGGAUUAGUGACGAGCUCAAGAGCAAAUUCGAGGAGUUAGCCGAGGCCAAUGAUGUGCUUAAGGACGAGCUCGAGUCGGCUACCCAAAUUCAAAGAAUUCUCGAAGAAAAGAUAUCAGAACUGGCAGCUAAAUUGGCAAAAGCCGAGGCCGACUUAGAAGAGUCUCUUAAGGAUGUUUCAGCUGCCGAGGCUCGUACUACGAUUGUGGUUGAGUAUGAGCAGUGGAAAUCCCGGAGGGUUACCUUCGAACAGGCUCAACAAGGAUUAUGGGAUCUCUAA